AUGAAGUGGAAGAUGUUACGUAAUGUGUUGACGCCAGGUUUCACUUCCGGCAAGAUGAAGCGCAUGUUCCACCUGGUCGAAGAGUGUGGACAGGAAUUGGUUGAACACCUGACAGCCGCUACGAAAAAAGACAGCAACGUGGAUGUGCAGGACCUGAUGGUGCGCUACUCCAUUGACGUGGUUUGUUCGACGAUUCUGGGUGUGAAGGGCGGCGCCCUGCAGGACCCUGAAGCCCCCAUGCGGCAGAGCAUAAGCAAGAUCUUUCGGGACGACCUCGUGGGCCGUCUGGCCCAGUCUAUGAGCUUGCUGGCGCCCAAGCUGUUCGAGAAACUGAACGUCAACGUCUUCAAUAAGGAACUCGAGGAUUUCCUUUCCAAGACCACUCAAGAGACAAUGGACUACCGCAAGAAAAACGGCGUUGUGCGAGAAGACAGCAUCGACCUGCUGAUGCGCGUCCUUGACGAGUCGAAGCGCAUGUUGGACGAGAGUGGUCAGGAAUUCAAAUUCGACCAGAGGGACGUUGUGGCGCAAGUGCUGACCUUCCUGUCGGCCGCCUUCGAGACCUCCGCCUCGACCAUGAUGUUCACACUGUACGAGCUGGCCCUGAACCAGGAGCUGCAGCAGCGCAUCCGUCAGCAGGUGAAGGAGGUGGCCGCCAAGCAUGGCGGCAUCACGUAUGAAGCGGUCGCGGAGAUGACCGACCUCAUAAACACCGUCAACGAGGCCCUCCGCAUGUACCCCGUGGUCAACUUCCUGGACCGGCGCUCGACGCGUGACUACCAGAUCCCCGGCACGUCCGUGGUGCUGCCCAAGGACACUGGGGUGGUGGUCUCGGUGCUGGGCCUGCACUACGACCCCAAGUUCUGGCAGCAGCCGCACCGCUUCCUGCCCGACAGGUUCAGCGAGGAGAACUCCAAGGGGCGGCCCAACUACCUACACCUACAUGCCCUUUGGCGACGGGCCCAGGCAGUGCAUCGGUAA